CACGUUCUUCCUUAUGCCCCGCCCCUCACGGGCGUGGCCCAUGGGGGUGCUGGAUGGAGGGGCUAGAACAGCGCGGCGCCUGCGCACUGGCGCCCGAGGCAGAUGGGGAGGACGUCGGAGUCGGGUGUUUACUGCUGUGCUAUCACGCCUUCAUGAUGGGGUGCGCACCCUCUCUUACGCCUGCCAGCUGGCCGGGGGCCUCUUGGUGGCCAGGAGUCGCCAGGGGGUGUCGCCGCUCGGUCAUGGCCUUUUGACGGCCUCUGCCCAGCUGAGCCACUGCCGGACAGUGUUGCGCCUCUUCGACGACCUCUCCAUGCUCGCCUACAGCUGCCAGUACGGGCUGGGCCGUCAGGAGGAGGACGCGGCCGUGCGCUGGCUUUCAGUCCUCAUCAACCUGGCCGACCAGCUCUACUACCCCUGCGAGCACGUGGCCUGGGCCGCCGAGGCCCGGAUCCUUCCUGCCGAAGCCGACCGGUGGUGGGCACUCAGCACAGCCCUCUGGGGUGUCUCUCUGCUCCUGGGCAUCGCACGCUCCCUGAGAAUUUUGUCCCGCCUGAGAAGCCAGCUGCGGAAGCCACCCAGCGGGUCCGCCUCGCGGAAGACAAGGGCCCGGGCCAAGGCGGAAGCACUGACGGUCCUCAGCAACCUGGCCGACCUCGCCAACGCUGUCCACUGGAUGCCCGCGGGGCUGCUGUGGGCUGGGCGGUUCCCGCCGUGGCUGGUGGGCCUGUUGGGAAGCAUCUCCUCCCUCCUCGGGAUCUACCUGACCUACGACACCGAAGGGCACGAGGAGUGACCCCCAGGGAAGAGGGACGGACGGUGGCUUCCGAAGGGGCGAUUCCGGUGCCCACUGGGAGAGGGUUGUCUCUCAGAGAGGUUGCCACCCUCCUGAGGGGUUUUGCCGUUGGGUCCCCGGCAUCCGCAGGACCCGUAUCCGCUGAUCACCCUUCCCUGCCAGAACGGCAGCCCGUCAGCGCCCCAAAGUGGACUGAGGGGCGCUUCAUCCUGUUUAACAAUCUGAGCCAGUAAUAAACACAUUUAGUAACGUAAUAGAGAAUUUCCCAUUC